CACACAAACAGCAGACGUGAUGAUGGUGGCUCAUCUGUGGGACAUGUCAAUGCUCCACCCCUCAGUUGCCCCUGUCAGGACUCAGGACGUCAUCUUCAGACGCAAUUGACUCUCGAGUAUAUAUUAUUGACGUCCGUGAGUGUUGCUCCUCAUUCAAGUCUGACUUUUUCGAAAUCUAGACCAGCGACUUGUCUUCCACGUCGACGCCCACCCAGCAAGACUACCCAGAUCCCUCCCUCCCUUGACUAGACGUUGUCAACAUGCAUUUCUCUAAGCCGCUGAUCCUGGCCUUUGCCGCGAGCGCUGCUGCUCAGACCGGUAUCAGCUCGGACAUCAACUCACUCAUCUCGGUUGCCACCUCCAUCGCCAGCGACAUAACCUCAGCUGCUGGCAGUGCUACUUCGGCCGCUGGCUCAGCCGUCACUUCGGCAGCGUCACUUGCGUCGUCGCUCGCAAGCAGCAUCCCCACCGGCGUCGAGUCACUCGUCUCAUCCGUCGAAUCCCAGGCUUCUUCCAUUUCUGCUGCCGCCUCCUCCAAAGUUGCCAGCCUCUCCUCCGUGGCAGCCACAGCUGGCCCCUCCGCCCAGAGCAGCCUCUCGAGUGAAAUCAGCAGUGUCCUGGCCAGCGCAAGCUCCGCAGAAAGCAGCGUUGUGAGCAGCGCCACCUCAGCAGCAUCCUCCUUUUUGACAUCGGCCUCCAGCACUGCUAGCAGGCUUUCAUCCUCUGCGUCGUCGGCUGCGUCGUCGGCUGCGUCAUCAGCGGCGAGCAGUGCCUCUGCUGCUGCAACCAGUGCAACCAGCGCAGCCGGUAACGGUGCGGCGGAUGGGUAUGCCGUGCCAGCUGUGGGAAUGAUGGGCAGUCUCCUCUUGGGAAUGGUCGCACUCUUGUAAAUAAGACUUGAAUUGAAUGGCCAAUAUGGUCACUUCGAUUGCGGUGGUUGAGUCUUCAUUGGGGAUUCUAUCUGCGAAUAAAACGCAUUCUAAUACUGUAACUUUGCAAUUAUCAGAACUUAACUUCUGGGCUCCCUUCCACGCUCGAAAACCUGUAAUUAUUAUGGGCCAGCCCUGGCUGUGAAUGGUGACUUUGAGAUUGUAUAACAUUGGAUUGAGAAUGUAUCAGUUCAGCCACUUACUUCUGGGUAAUGUGCCAACUGUACG